GCCCACACCACCAUCACUCCGGGAGGCGAUGGUGAAGCAGACGAUUCGGAUUUUCGCGCGGAUCAAGCCGUCCGUCCGGAAGCACCAACAAGGGAUUUAUUCCAUAGAUGAAGAUGAAAAAUUAACACCUAGCUUGGAAAUUAUCCUACCACGUGAUUUGGCAGACGGAUUUGUGAAUAAUAAACGAGAAAGCUACAGAUUUAAAUUUCAAAGGAUUUUUGAUCAGGACGCAAAGCAAGAUAUCAUUUUUGAAAACAUUGCCAAGCCAGUUGCUGAGAGCGUCUUGGCAGGUUACAAUGGCACCAUCUUCGCAUAUGGGCAAACAGGCAGUGGGAAGACCUUCACUAUCACCGGCGGGGCAGAGCGAUACAGCGACAGAGGCAUUAUCCCAAGGACACUGUCAUAUAUUUUCGAGCACUUACAAAAGGACAGCAGCAAGAUAUAUACAACACAUAUUUCCUAUCUGGAAAUCUACAAUGAAUGUGGUUAUGACCUAUUGGACCCAAGACAUGAGGCCUCCGGAUUGGAAGAUCUGCCGAAAGUGACAAUCCUGGAGGACCCUGAUCAGAACAUUCACCUGAAAAACCUGGCUCUGCACCAGGCGACCACUGAGGAAGAAGCUCUGAAUCUGCUGUUCUUGGGAGACACCAACAGAAUGAUCGCAGAGACUCCUAUGAACCAAGCUUCAACACGAUCGCACUGCAUUUUCACAGUUCAUUUGUCAAGCAAGGAGCCAGGAUCUGCCACCGUCCGGCAUGCCAAGCUCCAUUUGGUUGACCUGGCUGGUUCAGAGCGAGUUGCAAAGUCAGGUGUUGGUGGCCUGCUUCUGACAGAGGCCAAGUACAUCAACCUGUCCCUGCACUACCUGGAGCAGGUCAUCAUUGCCCUUUCGGAAAAAAACCGCGUGCACAUCCCGUACAGGAACUCCAUGAUGACCAGCGUGCUUAGGGACAGCCUGGGAGGGAACUGCAUGACGACCAUGAUCGCCACGCUGUCGCUGGAGAAGAGGAACAUUGGCGAGUCUAUCUCAACCUGCAGAUUUGCGCAGCGAGUGGCCCUCAUUAAAAAUGAAGCUGUUCUUAACGAAGAAAUUGAUCCCAGAUUGAUGAUUAUCCGUCUGCAGAAAGAAAUUGCAGACCUGAAGGAGGAGCUCGCCGUUGUCACUGGGGAGCAGAGGACAGAGGCGCUCACCGAAGCGGAGCUCCUACAGCUGGAAAAACUAAUCACAUCCUAUUUGGAAGACCAGGACCCAGAGAGCAGACUGGAGGUUGGCGCCGAUAUGCGUAAAAUUCAUCACUGUUUUCAUCAUUUUAAGAAACUACUAAAUGACCAGAAGGCCCUGGAAAAGAGUCAGGUCUCCUCUGAAAUCAAAGACCAGGAGCGCCAAGAGCCACCGAAGGAGGAGGAAUACAAAAAGCUCCAGGACCUUCUCGUGCAGAGGGACAAUGAAAUCAAUAUUCUGGUCAACAUGUUGAAAAAGGAAAAGAAGAAAACUCAGGAUGCCCUGCUCUCAGCUAGCGUGGAGAGAAGGAGAGUCAGACAGUCCCAGAGCUCACCUUUCACGACCGGGAGCCCAGUGGACAGCCUGAAGACCGUGCGAUCCUCAGCCUCAAGCCAGGCCCAGGACCUCAGCACUUGCAGGCACAGGUCCAGCUUGAUCCACAACAAAACAGGGAUGAGAGAGCAGAUGUCCUUAGGGCGCCAGGAGGCUUUUGAAAUCUUCAAGAGGGACCACGCGGACAGCAUCACCAUCGACGACAACAAACAGAUCCUGAGGCAGAGAUUUUCCGAAGCAAAGGCUUUGGGAGAAAGUAUAAACAAAGCAAGAAGUAAAAUCGGUCAGCUGAAGGAAGCCAUCACCCAGCGACACAUACAGCAAGUGGCUCUAGGAAUCUCAGAGGACGCGGCGGUGCCCACCGCGCCCGACCUCCAGGACGAGCAACUGCGGACACAGCUGGAGGAAGAAAAAUGCAGGUACAAAACCAUGUUCACGCGCCUGAAAGCCCUGAAGGUGGAGAUCGAGCACCUGCAGCUGCUCAUGGACAGGGCCAAGGUGAAGGUGCAGAAGGAGUUCGAAGCUUGGUGGGCAGAGGAGGCCACCAGCCUGCAGGAAAGCUCUCCAGCAGAGAGCUCCUCCCACCUCCGGAAGUCGGCCACCCAGAUGUCGGAAUCCCAGCAGGACCUCUGCCAGCCCCGGUCCGGUAAAAGUCCCCAAGGCCGGGAAGUCCAAGACAGCACUGGCGGAGUGGAUGUCUGUGAUGUAAAUGCCAGGAAAAUCCUGCCCUCACCUUGCCCCAGCCGACGCAGUCUGGUGUCCAGCAACACCAGCACCCAGCUGCAAGGCAGUGUCCCCGAAAGACCGGUGUCAUCUGUCCCUCUCACCGGAGACAGCCAGACAGACUCUGACAUCCUGGCAUUCGUCAGAGCCAGACAGAACAUUCUGCAGAAGAAAUGCAUGGGAAGCAACUGAUUUUCCGAGGAGAGACCUGUGAGCCCAUCCCCCACCCACC